GCCGAAGAUUCAAUUGAACCGUGGCGAUGUCGUCGACUGCGCUGCUUGGAAGCCUGGCACUCGCUGUGCUGACUGGCGUGUACAUCUUCCUGAGUAGCGCGCCCGAGGUGGAUAUCCCUGCAUGUAGGGGCAUGUCCGUCUCGUUCAUGAUCCAAGGCGUGUUGCCUAAAUUCCUUGGAGGACGCGACGACAAACUCGGCACAGUCACGUCACUAUGGAAGUGCGCGAGUCUGUAUCAAGAACAACACUCAAGUUUUGUCGUUGCGAGCUUCGCCCUCGUGUACGUGUCUCUGCAGACAUUUGCCAUCCCCGGUCCCCUCAUCCUCAGCAUCCUCUCGGGUGCGUUGUAUCCAUUCGUUCAUGCAAACUUGCUCGUUGCUGUGUGCGCGACCACCGGCGCGUCUCUGUGCUUCCUGCUGUCGCAUUACUUGGGCCGCAACCUCGCACAACGCCUUCUUCCCGACAUGUUAGCUUCGUUCAAGACCAAGAUAGCAGCCAACCGGUCGAAUUUGUUCUACUACAUGCUCUUUCUUCGCCUCACGCCGCUGCUUCCGAACUGGUUUGUGAACGUCGCGUCUCCUCUCGUCGGCGUUCCCUUUGGUGUAUUCGUCGGCGCGACCUUCAUCGGGCUCAUUCCGGCCAACUGCAUCCACAUUUCGACCGGAGCGACGCUGGGCAGCACUGCCGCUGACGCCGGGAGCGGCAACAACUUGAUCAACUUUGGCAUCUUGUUUGCGCUGCAAUUCCUCGCGCUUUUACCGACGUUGUUCAAGAGUAAGCUGCAAGCUCUGGAUGGUGGAGCAACUCCCGCAGCGACCAAGAAGGCCAUUUGAAUGUCCAUUUCGCUGGCGUACUCGCUAAACAAUCGCAGACUGUCGUUCCUGAACGCAACCUCAGACGCGUCUCCGCCAUCUUCCAACAAUCUUCUUGUUAGUACGACGGGAUGUGGCGAGCCGUCUCGUAUUCGUGGCAUAAAAUGGAGACCACGAUUGGUUUUACGAGCUAGAACAGCGUCCACACUUCAGCCCGGUGGUGGCAGGCAUCUGAGGACGAGUUGCAACGUCUUGCGGACAAGAUGCGG